AUGACUCAACCAGACAAAGACAACAACGGCCGCGUCGUCGGCGACUUGACCUGCCAAUCGGACUCUUAUCUCAAGACUCUCGAGACAGAAGUUGUUUCGUGCGAAAAAGCGCUCAAGCAAGCGCACAAGGCAAAGAAGCACAAUGGGCACCACCACGAUGAAUGGUUGAUUGAGUGCGCCGACUCUGUUUUGUUUCCCGAAGGCGGUGGUCAACCUUCGGAUCACGGCACAAUCACCCCGCUGUCAGGCGACCAAACUCCCAUCCCCGUCAAAAACAUCCAGCGCCAAGGCCUCCGCUGCGUGAUCUACUCUCCCAAGCCUCUCUCCCCGGGCGACAAGAUCCGGCAGGAAGUCGACUGGCAGCGUAGAUGGGAUCACAUGCAGCAGCACACAGGCCAGCACCUACUGUCCGCUGUGAUGAUGAAGCGCCACGAGCUCAAGACCCUUGGUUGGGGAAUGGGCGCCGAGGGUAGUAUGAAUUACGUCGAUCUGCAGAGGAAGCCCACGGAUGAGGAGAUGCAGACCAUUCAGAUGCAGUGCGCUGAGGUUAUUCGGGAUAAUCUGCCCAUCAAGGUUGAGACGCCGGAUGAUGCCAAGCACGAUAAACUCCCUGGUGAUUAUGACAAGUCUGAUGGUGUUGUUCGCGUUAUUCACAUUGGGGAUCUUGAUACAAACACAUGCUGUGGAACUCAUCUUUCUCAAACGUCGCACAUCUCACUCAUCAUCCUCGGCUCGACACAGUCGGUGCAUGGUAAAAACUGCCGCCUUUCUUUCAUGGCAGGCGACCGGGCCAUCACCCUAGCCAACGCCUCCGUCAGCGCCAUCAGCACCAUCGCCAAACUUACAUCAUCCAGCAACGUCCCCAGCGAAGUCGUCACACGCGUAACCUCCCUCACCGACAGCGCCACCGACUCGAAGCGCUCUGAGAGAAAACUUCUUCUUGAAAUCGCCAAGUUUGAAAGUGAGCAGGCGAUUCGGAUCAUUGUGCAGAACAGGAUGAACGCUUACAUCCAUCGCUAUGAUGGGAACACGGAUUUCAUCAAUAAGAUUGUUGGUGAAACGAGGGAUAUUCUGCAGGGGACGGGGUUUGUUAUCGUGAUUGCCAUUGGAGAGCCAAAGGGCAGCGGGCCUGUUGUGAUUGUGGGUGAUCAAGUGGCUGUUGAUACUAUGGUGCAGAAGGUCAAGGCUGUUUUGAAGGAUAUUAAAGGGGGAGGUGCUGGGGGAAAGUGGCAGGGUAAGGUGAAGGAGUGGACUAAUGCUGAGUUGCAUGCUCUGAAGGAGGCUGUUGAGACUUGA